GAUUUCCUCUCUGUUUUUUCCUCGGAUAACAAAUUCUCUCUGCGUCGAAAAAGGGCUUCUCUCUCCGGCACAAAUUCUCUCUGCGUCGGAAAAGGGACAUUUGUCGGAGGUUUCAGCGUUUUCGUGUUAUUGUUGUGUUUAAGGUGCGAGAUCUGUUGGUUCGGUAUGGAAGUGGUUGGUGAAAUCCAGGAAGCUGUCGUGGAGAAGCCUGUGAUCGUUCGGGUUAAGCGGAAAGCUGAUCGGUCGCCGCUUGAUGCUUUCUGGCUGGAGAUAAAUGAAAGACCAUUCAAGCGUCCUUUCUUGGACAUGGCCAGAUUAUCCAUUUCUGAUUCGGCUGAAAAAGAAAAAUUGAAAUCGAAGAAGGUGCUUGUGCGCCAUGUGGAGAUUGUGACCGACUCCAUUGGCACGUUUCAAUCUUUAUUUGAUUCUGUCUCCGGUGAACACAGUAACCGUAAAGAAAAGAUCGAGGAGCGGAGAAAUGCCUUCAAAAGAGACAAUCGAAAAGGCCAGCUAUUGACGAAAGCAGUGCGACAACAACAAGUUGAUGCUAAAAAUGCUCGUCUUGAGCAAAUAUGGCGGAGUAGGAAGGGAACCAAGGAGGAGGAACAUGAACAUGACAGAUCCCUUCAUGAAAGGUUCCAUUUUUAUGAUGUUGUCCGCGUUGACAUUAAAGAAGGGCCGAAAGCUGCCCCGAUGGACGAGCUUCCAUCCCUAGAGGAACAGAAGAUGUUGGCCGGCUACUUGCCUCUCCUGAGGGAGUUAAUGCCGGAUGUAGCGAGGGAGAUCGAAUCCAAUAUCCAGACAGAGGAGUUUGUUUAUGAUUAUUACACCGUCCACAAAGAUGAUAUGGAUGUCGACGUAGACGAUCAUGCCCACUCGUUCCCGUUCGUUCAAGUGGAGGACGAAGAUUACUGUGAUGGUGGACCAGAGGACUCAGAGUAUGAGAGUGAUGAUUCAAACGCUGAGGAUAAUCCAUGGAAUGAUUACCCCGAAGAAGAAGAUGAAGAAGAAGAUGAAGAUGAUGAUGAUGAUGAUGAGAGCUUGUAUAGAUACAACCAUUACGGAUAGACAGCACUGGAGUAAAUGUUACAAAUUCUCUUUCUUGUUAAUAAUCCCUUUUGCUUGAUGGGGAUUAACGUUAAUUAGAACUGUAUUAAAUGUUACAAAUCUCACAGCCCAUCUGCUGAUUCCCAUGUACACAAACUGAUGACAUUUAUUGACGUUGCUUAGAGA